UGUUGAAAGAGGAAGCACAGUGUGUGCUCUUGUCACUGAAGAAUGAAGGCAGCCGGACCACUGAAGGUAUGAUUGGAAACCCCAGUCUGGUGGCUGCAGUCCUGGCCGUUGUGUCAGUGGUGUCACUGAGUCUCCUGUCUCUUCUCUGCUUGCGGUGCAAAAACAAAUCCAAGGUCAUACAUGAGGAACAUCAGACAUAUGCCCUGCAGACAUUCCAGCGCGGGGGAAGUAUUUUUGCUGUGACGCAAUCAAAAACAGUCACCAGAGCCAAUCAGAUAUUUUCAGCCACAGUUGAAACUCCAGAGGAAUCAUCACAAGAUGAACCUGAUGAACAGGCUGACUAUGAAAAUGUACAACUACUUGGUAUAACUUAUAUUGCUGCACCUCCAACAGGAAGUCCGGAACAUACUUAUGUAGCUCCACUCCCAAGUGCAGUAUAUGAAAAUGAGAUGACCAAAAAUACUACAACUGAUGCUGAUCAGAUGCUGGGUGUCUAUGAAAACUUUAUCAAAUCAUUGCCGAUAAAAGAUGAUGAGGAUGACUAUGAGAACUCUGAAUUCCUGGAACGAGCUGUGCAGGAACAAGAUGAUGAGCCAGAUUAUGUGAAUCAAAACCCCUGAUGCGGCCCACCAGAAAAUAUCCGUGAAAAGAUGCAAACAUCUUGUACUGUCUGUUGUGUAUAACUAAGUACAAGUUGUUUUUUUUGUGUGUGCUAUGUGUGAUGUGCAAAUUAUGUGGACAGCUGUGUGAAUAAAUACUCAUGAACUUCGA